AUGUCCUCUAAACAGCGUAACACGGGUGGUAAAAAACAUGAAAAUGAGCAUAUCCCACGGUAUAUCAAGACAAAGCCGUGGUUCUACGGUGAGAAGGGCAAGGAUGGCCAGGCUGAUGACUACUUAGAGCACCAUCGGCAGGAUCCGACCAAGAAGAACCUGUUCGAUAUAGAUAACAACGGUGUUUCGAAGCUUGGGAGGGGGAUAGUCGACUCGUUUAAAGAUGGCUCGCGCCCUGCGGGGAGUACCUUGUGUGAGAAUUGCGGUGCUCGUGGCCACCUUAAGAGAGACUGUCUCGAGAGGCCCAGGAAGGUCCCCGCAGUUCAAGAAGUUGCUGUUCAAUCGAGUAACGUUAAAAUCAGAGAUGACGAGAAACUGGACUGGGAUGCGAAGAAGGACAGGUGGUUUGGGUAUUCCGGUGAAGAUUACGACGCUGUGCUGGACAAAUGGGGGGACAGAGUCCAUGGAGCGACGUUGGAUGACGGUGGCCAAGGCGAUCAAUAUGAUACGGACGAGGAGGUUGAACUGACGAAGCUCGGGUUGCUCGAGGAAUUUAAGGAACGGAGAGCGAAACGCAGCCAAGUGACAAAGGGGAACGGUGUCAAGGCAUCGAUACGACUCAGGGAGGAUAAAGCGGCAUACUUGAACGAUAUUAACUCUUCGGAGACGAGAUACGAUCCGAAAUCAAGGAUCUACAAGGACGAGACCGUUGGGUCCAUCGAUGAAAAGAGUAAAAUGUUUAGAAGGUACCUGACAGGGGAAGGAGCAGAACUAGACGAACUGAACAAGUUCAGCCGAACCUACGCAAAGCAAGCAGGUGUCAGAGAUGAGGUCGUAGACGCCAAGAAAAUAGAGCACGUCCUUAUUGCCAACCCGACGAAAUACGAAGCGAUGUUGAAGAAGCAAAAGAGGAGUGACAAAGAGAGCGGAGAAGAUCAGGAAGUGGAAAUUGAUUACACUAAAUUGCAGGCGCAGAAACUGUCAGGAACCAAACAAGACGGCAAGAGGAAGAGAAUGUUACAGGAUAUGUACGAUUGA